UUGCUGGACUGCUGGCUGCUGGUGCUUAACCUUGUGCAAAUAUAUGAACUGUUUUUCGCGGUUUGCGCGCGCAACGGGAAAUUAUCACCUAUAGUGGACGCUACUUAUUCUUAUCGCUCAUUUAGGUCUCCAAAAUACACAUACACACAAGUUGGCUUAUUAUACUACGAGUAGGUGGCGGUGGCGUUCUGGCGUUGACGAGCAAUGAGCAUGUGAAAGAAAAAUUCAAACUAUACGCAAUACGUUUAUACUUAUACACAUACGCAUACCAACUCGUAACUCGUUCACAACGUCUACUCGACUCGACUCGACUCGUCGAAAGUAAAAGUUGCAACGUGAUCGUAGUACGGUCUACGGUACACCUGUGUACGUGUGUAGCCAAUAGCCAUUCACGCAUUUUUUUUUUUUUAUUCAAAUUUUUUCACAUUUGCACCGCCUUUUUAACGCGUUUUUUUCGUCAUUUUUCGUACUUUCGAACAAUUCUCUUUUUUUCCCCAUGAUUUUGUGAUCGAAUCGUCGCGAACCCAUGUUUUGAAUAUGUUCGGUGUUUUGACCAAUAUUCUGUUAUUUUUAAGCUCGUGCCAAGUGAUUCUCGCAGAUCGAGGAUACAUACCUAGCGACGACCGCGAUCAAGGCUACAUCGAUCCAAACACUUAUAUAAGAAACAAUGCCCAAAAUCAGCACGUUCAAGAAGUGCUGCGAAAGUACAGCCAAGAUGGCCGUUACAGCUCGUCGUCGUCGGCCAAUCCGUUAACGUCCAUAAACAAAGAAUUAACCGUCAGCACGCCUGAUCCUCGAUAUUACGAUACAUCGGCUAAACCAUCGGAUCCUAGAUUUUACGAUACAUCUUCGUCCAGACCGUCGGAUCCGAAUUAUCGAUCUAGACCUUACGGCGCCACCGGCGCCGGCGCCGGCAUCGGCGUCGGUGACGACAGAGUUGAUAUCAACAAUGUCGGCGUCCCCGGCUCCAGGUACAGAAAUUCGAAUUACGGAAACGGCGCUUACGGAUCCGGAUCCGGCUCCGGAUCGGCUGGAUAUGGCACGGAUCGCGAUCGCGAUCGUGAACGUGAACGUAAUCGUAAUAGAUACGACGUGUAUUCGGACAAUAACGGAGUUCGCGGUGAUCCUCCGCGGCAGUAUUUUGAAAAUGAUCCGCAGUACGCUCUCAGGGAGGAUGAAAUUUUCAAAAUUUUGGCCCAAAUCGAUGUGAGCGCUUCGCAGCAGUGUAACAUCAACGUCAGAGCUCAGUGGGAUUUUGAGACUAAUGUCAACGAUGUGUCGCAAAUUAGAGCGCUCGAGCAACAGUUGGCAUACUCGGAAUUUCAAAGGAGAGUUCACAACAUAGUGGGAAAAAUUGACAAAUGGGAUAUCAGAGAUCGAGAACUGCUACGUCAGCUACGUUAUUUGGCAGUAGUUGGCCCUUCAGUAUUACCACCGGAUCAGCUGAACAGAUAUAAUCGCCUGAUAAACGAUAUGCUGGCCAUUUACAAUACAGCUACAGUAUGCGACCAAGAAGAUCCGCUAAAAUGUGGUUUGCGGUUAGAAGAUCUGAACGUGAUCAUGGCCAGAAGUAGAGACUGGGAUGAAUUGCAACAUGUGUGGAUCGAAUGGCAUCGUAAAACUGGACAAAAAAUUCGAGAACUUUAUGUCCAACUGGUAGAUUUGAGUAACUAUGCGGCGCAAUUGAAUAAUUUCACCGACACAUCGGAAUAUUGGAUGUUCCCUUUCGAAAUGUAUGAUUUUAAGAAUGAAAUGGAAAGGGUGUGGGAUCAAAUUAAGCCAUUGUACGAACAAUUACACGCGUACGUAAGGCGCAAACUUCGUGAUUUGUACGGACCAGAAAAAAUCAGCAGGGAAGCUCCGUUGCCAGCUCAUAUAUUGGGCAACAUGUGGGGACAAUCCUGGGAAAAUAUUCUCGAUGUAACCAUUCCUUAUCCUGGUAAAAAUUUCUUGGACGUUACACCGGAAAUGUUGAAACAGGGAUACACUCCGGAAGCUAUGUAUCGAGUAGCUGAAGAAUUCUUCGUCUCGAUGAAUAUGAGCGCGAUGCCUCCAGAAUUCUGGACUAAAUCUGUGUUUGAAGAAGCACCUGGCAGGCCGGUCAUAUGCCAGCCAUCUGCUUGGGAUUUCUGUAACGCCAUUGAUUACAGAAUUAAAAUGUGCACUCACAUUUCGAUGAAAGAUUUCGUCACCGUUCAUCACGAAAUGGCCCACAUACAAUACUUCUUACACUACAGAAAGUUACCAAAAGUUUACAGAGACGGCGCUAAUCCUGGUUUCCACGAAGCAAUCAGCGAAGCGAUAUCACUAUCUGUAUCGAAUCCUAAACAUAUGCAAACUUUGGGCUUAGUUUUAACCUCGGUCGACGAUGUUCCUCAUAAUAUUAACUUUUUGUUCCAUUUGGCCAUGGAUAAAUUGACAUUCUUACCGUUUAGUUUGGCUUUGGAUAUGUGGAGAUGGGAUAUAUUCGGCGGAAAUACGCGUAAAGAGCGUUACAAUUGUCAUUGGUGGGAUUUAAGAGAACGAUUGAGCGGAGUCAAGCCUCCAGUUUUAAGAUCGGAAAUCGAUUUUGAUCCUGGUUCCAAGUACCACGUUCCUGCUAAUAUUCCCUACAUUGGAUACUAUUUCGGAACGAUAUUGGAAUUCCAGAUUUUCAGAGCUUUAUGUAAAGCUGCAGGUCAAUAUGUGGAAAACGAUGCCCGAAAACCUUUACACAAAUGUGAUAUUUACAGAAGCAAAGAAGCCGGUGCUAUUUUAACGCGUCUUAUGGAAACUGGUUCGUCAUUACCGUGGCAAGAAACUCUAAGAUUGGCCAUCGGUGAAAAUAGAUUAGACGCCAGUGCUGUUCGAGAGUACUUCAAACCUCUAGAAGAAUGGUUAAGAAAUGAAAAUUUACGUACUGGCGAAUUUGUCGGUUGGGUUUACGAUGGAGAUUAUUGCAAAUACAGUAUUGAGACUGCGAAUUUACAAGUGUACGGUGGAUUUUACAAUAACUCAAAUGUUCUUUCAUUUUCAUUAAGUUUAUUAUUAAUAAGUUGUCUAACAGUGAUAUUUUCCCAUACGAGAUGGUGGCGACAGCCUCUUUAAAAAAACAAAAAACUGACAUCUGGGCAUAGAGGGUGACUAUCUUGGAGCAUAAUUUUAGCCUCAGCUACCAUAAACUUAUACUUUUUUAUGACAAUGAGGCUGAUGAGUUGAAAAAAUAUUUUAAAAAUUUACUAGGUUACACGUACCUACUCGGGGGGACAUGGUUAGAUCUGAUCAGAUCUCCCCUUUUGGGUCUGAUCAUGCCUAAAUAGAGCUAAUCCGAUCAAAGCUUUGAUCUGACUAGAUUUCAGGAAUUGUCCGGAUCUGAUCAGAUCUAAAAAUUUUUUGCCAAGUAGGUAAGUAGGUAUCGGUUUUAUCUAAUAUUUUACAUUUGAGAUUGGUCGCGAAUCAUUACCUGUUACCUAUACUCGUAUAUUGAGCGUGGACUCGAAGGUACUCUUACUAAAGAUCACCUAAUCUCGAUUUAAAACAAACCUUGAAAUAAGGAUUAGUUGAAGUUGCGAAUCCAUGGCUAUUUGAUGGCCAGGCUGCCAUCAAACACUCAAAAUACUGGAGAGCUAUCACAAAGUAUCCCUAUGCGUUAAAGUUUGUUUUAAUAUGAAUCUAUAAGUACAUGUUACUUAUGCGUGCACAAGCUCAUGUUCAUUUACCAGUGCCUAUUUAGAUCUUUAUUUACCUAUUAUAUCUGUAUAAUAUAUUUCUUAAAUGAAUAAGUCGAUCGAAUUUGAACUGCAAGUACCUAUUUGCUACCCUACUAAUAAACUACAUAGGUUGUUCUCAUUUUUCAUGGUUUUGAUGGAUUACAAAAUAAUAUCCUUGAACCUUGAUAAACGUCAAAUUUAAGUGUAAUUUUAAACUUUGUAAUUUUUAUUAAAUUAAUAAAUGAUUUUUAAAUAUUUUUUACCAAA